AUGGGCCGAAUCUUCAUCGAAAACCACGGAGGCCUCCGUAUUGUUGUGUGUCGUUUUUGUAAAACGUAUCUCACAAAUCGUAGUGAACUGAUCUCAAGUAGGUUCCAAGGAUCAUCUGGACGUGCCAUGUUAUUUCAUCGUGCUUGGAAUUUGGACUACUCUGAAGCACAACAUCGGGACAUGAUGACUGGAAAGCAUAUCGUUCGUGAUGUCAUGUGCAGAAUUUGUCAUAAGAAGGUAGGAUGGAUGUACGAAUUCGCUAUGGAGGAGUCGCAGCGAUAUAAAGAAGCUCGUGUUAUUCUUGAAAAAGCGCUUAUAGACGAGGAGGAUGGUUUUCCUGAUCCGGCAGGAGCACUUGAAACACACGAACAACCACCUGCGUAUGUGCUAUUUUGCUUCAUAAUAUUCGCCAAGUUUGUCUUUUUACUUAAGUGUGUCGAGAGUGUGAACGGCUAG